UUUCCUCCAUGUGCAAGAAUGACAAAGGGAGCUUCCAUACACCUAGGAGUGACCUUCCUUCCAACCACCAUUGAAGCUUCCUUCCACCUUCAUACUACCUUGUUUUGGUGCUAUAAAUAGAGAGCUUGGAGAGUCUUUCUAUCAUCAAGUAAGUUAGAAUAGAUCAUCAUAGCACAACCAAGAAGAGUUGUGAAUAUCCUUGAGAGAUAUGUGAGGUGUUGUUUUUGAGAGUUUUAGUUAGAGCUUGUAUGUCUUUUCUUUCUAUUCUUGAAAGUAAUAGAAGUGUUUUUCUCUCAUAUUAGCACAAUCGUGUUAUUCCCAACAAGUGGUAUCAGAGCCUGGUUGAGCUUUUGAUAUUUUUCCCAGAUUUUUUAAGAUAAAAUUCUACUGUCUGAAAAAUCGAGUUUUUCAGUAUUGCUCAGAAUUGCAAGAUGAAUAGACCGUUGGAUUCGUCUCGUCGAGACGAGAAAACUGGUAUUUUUAGGGAAUUUUUUGGCCACCGGAAGCUGCCGUACGCGCCGCCAAACGCCGGCCAAAAACUGUCUGCGUCAUCGCUGACGUCAUCACGUGCAGUCCAGAGUAGAAGACGGCUGACGUUAUCGCUGACGUCAUCAGCCAGUCAGAGCUGCAUCAGCGACACGUCAGCAACACAUGUGCAGCCCCAGCACAGUCAGCCGCCACGUCAUCAGUCAACUGCCAUCUUUCACCUGCGUCCAAUCAGCUGCCACGUCAGCGCCCAGUCAUCGCCACGCCACUGCCACGCCACCGCUAUGAUUAUGCUCACGGCUACCAACUACACACUAUGGAAACCUCGGAUGGAAGAUUUCCUUAGCUGUAAAGACCUUUUUUAUCCAAUAGAGAUGAAAGGUAUUAAUCCUGACCCGGCCAAGUCAACGGAGUGGAAGAAAAUUAAUAGAAAAACUAUUGGUCAAAUCCGACAAUGGAUUGACCAUAGUGUCUUCCACCAUGUUGCACAAGAGACCGACGCUUAUGCCCUUUGGAAGAAGUUAGAAGAUAUGUAUCAGGCCAAGACCGCUAGGAACAAGGCCUUACUGAUGAGGCGUCUUGUGAAUAUGAAGCUCAAAAGUGGAACUUCUGUUGCUGAACAUACUAGUCAAUUUCAGAGUCUGGUAAAUCAACUAUCUUGUGUAGAAAUGCCACUUGGAGAUGAAAUGCAAUCUCUACUACUUCUUAGUUCCCUUCCUGAUAGUUGGGAGACACUAGUGUUUACUCUCAGCAACUCAGCCCCAGAUGGCAAACUUACCAUGUCUGUGGUCAAGGAUGCAUUGUUCAAUGAGGAGGCAAGAAGGAAAGACAUGAGCAAAGAUGAGACUCAUGCCCUUGUGACAGAGAAUAGAGGAAGAUCACAAGAAAAACAACAAAGAAACAGUAGAGGGAAAUGGCAAAGCAGAGGCAAAAGUCGGGGGAGAUCAUUAGAUGGCUGGAAACCUUCUUAUACCUGCCACCAUUGCGGUAUAGAGGGUCACAUGAAGAAGAAUUGCUACAAAUUGCUAGAGGAGCGAGGCAAGAGCAAUUCUCAAGCGAAGAACAAGGGUGGUGAAGCGUUCAUCACAAUCUCAGGUGAUGUGGUGUAUUGUACUAUCAAUGAUGAAACAUGCCUUCACGUCUCAAGAGAGGACACUGAAUGGGUGGUAGAUACUGCAGCAUCCUACCAUAUUACUCCCCACAGGUACUACUUCACAACUUACAAAGCUGGAGACUUUGGAGCAGUGAAGAUGGGCAAUUCCAGUUCCUCUGGAAUAACUGGAAUUGGUGAUGUACAAAUAAAGACGAGUAGUGGGAGCACAAUCACUUUGAAGGAUGUCAGACAUGUUCCAGACCUUUGACUCAAUCUACUGUCAGUGGUAUGUCUUAACGAACAGGGGUAUGAAAACCACUUUAACAGGGGCACCUGGAAAAUGUCAAAGGGCGUUUUGACAAUCGCUCGAGGACAUGUUUCUGGCACAUGGUACAAAACCCAUUUGAGGAUUUGUACGGAUAGCCUCAAUAUUGCUGAGGAGACUUCUCAGAAUAUGUGGCACCUGAGACUCGGCCACAUCGGUGAGAAAGGGUUGACUACCUUGAUGAAGAAGAACCUUAUCAACAUCGAUAAGAACGCUGCACUGGCUCCUUGCAGUCAUUGUUUGUUUGGUAAGCAACAUAGAGUAUCAUUUAGUUCUACUUCAACUAAAAGAUCGGAGUUGUUAAGUUUGGUACACUCCGAUGUCUGUGGUCCUUUCGAGGUGGAAUCAAUCGGUGGAAGCAGAUAUUUUCUGACUUUUAUCGAUGAUGCCUCUCGGAAAGUGUGGGUGUAUUUCCUGAUUACGAAGGAUCAGGUGUUCGAGAGCUUCAAGACAUUUCACGUCUUGGUGGAAUGUGAAACGGGAAAGAAUCUGAAAUGUAUCCGAUCUGAUAAUGGAGGCGUGUACACAUCCAAGGCGUUCGAUGCAUAUUGCAGAGAAUAUGGCAUUCGACAUGAGAAAUCAGCACCACGCACCCCUCAGCACAACGACGUUGCUGAAAGAAUGAACCGGACUAUUAUGGAGCGUGUCCGGAGCGUGUCCGGAGCAUGCUGAAUAUGGCUAAACUUCCGAAGUCAUUCUGGGGAGAAGCAGUCAACACCGCAUGCUAUCUUAUCAACCGAUCACCCUCAGUACCACUGAACUUUGAAGUUCCAGAGAGGCUAUGGACAGGUAAGGAUCCUACAUACUCACAUCUUAGAGUAUUUGGUUGUUCAUCGUAUGCACAUGUAUCCAAAGAGCUCAGGCAGAAGCUCGAUGCAAGAACUAUCCCAUGCAUUUUCGUUGGCUAUGGAAAUGAAGAGUUCGGAUACAGGUUAUGGGAUCCUAAAGAGAAAAAGGUGUUCAGAAGUAGGGACGUUGUGUUCCAUGAAGAUUUGACAAUAGAAGACAUUGAAAAACCCACAAUGUCACGGAAGUCAAAUGAGGGUGCUAGAGUUAUAAAUGAAGCACCAGAAGAGGACAAAUAAGUGCAUGAAGAUAACUCAGAAGCAGAGGAUCGGAAGACGAGGAGACAGAAGAGAAUGCAGAGCAAGGGGAGACACAAUCCACCCCGCCAGACACAGAUGAUGGUAGCUCUUCUCGGAUGGUUCCUACUGUUCGUAGAUCUGAACGAGGGCAUAUACCAUCGACAAGGUACACAUCAUCUGAAUAUCUUUUGUUAACUGAAGAUGGAGAACUGGAGAGUUUUCAAGAAGCUGUAUCUCAUAAGGAUAAAGAAAAAUGGCUAAUAGCAAUGCAGGAUGAGUUAGAAUCUCUGCAGAAAAAUCAAACCUAUGAGAUUGUAGAACUUCAUAAGGGGAAGAAAGCUCUGAGGAACAAAUGGGUGUUCAAGUUGAAGAAGGAUGCAAGCGGACAAGUGGUGAAACACAAAGCUCGGUUGGUUGUCAAAGGGUUCCAGCAAAAGAAAGGAAUUGACUUUGAUGAGAUCUUUGCACCAGUUGUCAAGAUGACCUCAAUCCGAGUUAUACUUGGCUUGGCAGCAAGUAUGAACUUGGAGCUUGAACAGAUGGAUGUGAAGACAGCAUUUCUUCACGGAGAUUUAAAAGAAGAAAUCUACAUGCAGCAGCCGGAAGGUUUUGAGAACUCAAAUGAUAAUUUUGUGUGUAAAUUAUCUAAGAGUUUGCAUGGCUUGAAGCAGGCACCAAGGCAGUGGAAUAAGAAGUUUGACUCAUGCGUGAAGAGUCAAGGCUACAAGAAAACUACUGCGGAUGAGUGUGUAUACAUCAAGAAACUUCCAGACGGUACUUUCAUUGCUCUUCUACUAUAUGUAGACGACAUGUUGAUCGUUGGGAAAGAUGCAGUGAAGAUAAACCAGCUGAAGAAAGAACUCUCUAAGUCUUUUGAUAUGAAAGACUUAAGAUCGGCUCCACAGAUUCUUGGGAUGCAGAUCACUCGAGACAGGAAGAAUCGCAAGUUAUGGCUAACUCAGGAGAAGUACAUUGAACGAGCACUUGAGAGAUUCAACAUGAAUGAUGUCAAACCAGUAAGUGUUCCACUUGCGAAUCACUUCAAGUUGAGAAAAAGAACAUGCCCUACAUCCAAGGAAGAGAUCGGGGAGAUGUCAACAGUUCCAUAUUCUUCAGCAGUUGGGAGUUUGAUGUACGCCAUGGUAUGCACAAGACCAGACAUUGCACAAGCAGUGGGUACAGUGAGUCGUUUUCUCUCUAACCCCGGGAAGGAGCAUUGAGAGGCAGUCAAAUGGAUUCUCAGGUACUUAAAAGGUACCAUGAACUUAUGUCUUUGUUACGGAGGAGCUUAUCCUGUCUUGGAAGGCUACACAGAUACUGAUAUGGCCGGAGAUAUUGAUAGUAGAAAGUCUACUACAGGAUAUAUCUAUACUUUUGCAGGAGGAGCUGUUUCUUGGCAAUCAAGAUUGCAGAAGUGUGUCGCUUUAUCUACAACAGAAGCAGAAUACAUUGCUGCCGCUGAAGCGGGUAAGGAAAUGUUGUGGCUAAAGCGCUUUCUCCAAAAACUUGGGAUCCAGCAGAAAGAGUACAAGGUACAUUGUGACAGUCAGAGUGCUCUAGACUUGAGCAAGAAUUCUAUGUACCAUUCUCGUACAAAGCAUAUUGACAUUCGAUAUCACUGGAUACGGGAGACGAUUGAUCAACAACUGUUGAGACUAGUGAAGAUCAAUACAAUGGAGAAUCCAUCAGACAUGCUGACGAAGGUGGUGACACGAGAUAAGCUAGAGCUGUACAAUUGAAGUGGCCUUGAAGUACACCAUCACAUUGCUUGUUCAAUUUUGGCUUUGGAAUACUUGUAUAAAUAUUGUAUAAAUAUGAAGGGGUUUAGUUGGUUUUUUAGUUUCUUCGAGAGAGAAUCUUUGAGAAUAGAUUCCAGCUUGUUUGAGUGUAGGGCAAGUGCAGAGCUCUAAUAUUGUUUGGUUGUGGGACAGUUGCAAGCAUAGAGAUUUCCAUAUUGUUUUGUAAGAGUUAUUUCAUCCGCUAAAGUUAUACUUCGUACGUAGUAUAAUUUUAAAAAUUAUAUUAUUUUACUACAAUAAUGUAAUUUUAUUGAGAUUUACUACAUUCACUAUAUUUACAAUACAUUUUAAUGAAUGUAUCUAUCUACUACUGAUAGCCGUUAUAUUUACUUGUGUUUAACAUAAGUAUUUAUAAGUAUUUGUUGAAGAAAGGAAGAGAAAUCGGACAAAUACCUCCAGAAUGAGAGCUAGAGCAUAAAACAUUGCGAUGAACGACUUUUUAGACCAAGAGAAUGACGUUCU